AUGCUGGGCUUUGUGCUUGUUUUUCUAGCCGUUAGGCAUGUUUUAACUAUCGUAAGUGUACAAGCGACCAAUUGGGAAGAAUUGGGCAUUAAUGGGUCGUAUGCUAAUUUCCUUACUAAUACCCAAUUACUCUACCAAGAAUUAUUUGACACCCGGAACUACCGUCGAGAUUUGUCGCCAAUAUAUUCUGGAUCUGGUCGAGACCAGGAGAUUCCACCAUUUUCUCUGCUCGUCACGCUGCAGUAUAUUCAACUUUUGGGAAUUGACGCUCAAUCGCAAAUGGCCAGCAUAAGUAUGGAGGUUGGAUAUCAAUACAUCGAUCCCCGCCUAACCUGGAACUCAACAAAAUUCGGAGGUGUCGAGUCAAUAAACGUUGAAUGGACCAAGAUAUGGGUGCCGGCGAACGGGAUUAGUAAUGCCCAAACGUUAGAAAUCAUCUACCCCGAUCAAUUUACUACGGCGACGAUUGCUUCAAACGGGACGAUCAGCUUGAGUCUACAGAUCUAUGCAGAGACCAGAUGCGUGAUGGACGUCCGAACCUUCCCUUUCGACGAACAAAUCUGCACCAUCGACUUUUUUAACAACGCCUACGACACGGAAGCCUUCGCCCUGACGGCCAGCAAAUUUACGAAAUACACCCAAGGAAUUAUCUACGACAAUGGUGAGUGGAAUUUCCGAAACCUGACAAUAUUCCAUGAACAAUUCUUUGGCGUUGGAGACGUGAAAUAUGAGUUUGUCCAAUACUACCUCGAUAUCCAGCGAGAGCCGACUUUUUACGUAUUUGUCAUUGCCAUUCCGUGUUUCCUAUUGACGCUGCUAUCGAUAUGGGGAAUGUUUUGGACGCCAAAUACUGACGAGGAGCAGUUGUCAAAGUUGAGUAUCGGCUUAACAAGUAUGAUGUCGAUGACGAUUUUUGUGGAAAUGUUGUCGAAUGCAAUUCCGAGGAAUGCCUCCUUUCCACUAUUAGGCUGGCUUGUCAUAAUUGAUGUUUUUCUCGUCUCAAUAGCCUGUGUCGUUUUGGUGACAUUACCAUACGAUGAAUCGAAAAUCUCGAAAAAGGGAGCUGAAGCUCGAAAAUGUAUACCUGAAAGCUACACACAAAAUUCCUCCUCUACCAUCGACUGGGAUGACCUUGGCGUAGACCCGGAUUACGCUCGAUUCCUGCAGAAAAACCAGGAAUUGUACGAUGAGCUGUUCAUUACCCGAAACUACCGUAGCGACUUGUCGCCGAUUUUUAAUCAGGCGACAAAGAAUAAUUCGAUACCACGAUUCAACGUGAUGAUAUCGCUUGAGUUUGUACAGCUUUUGGGAGUGAAUGCUCAAUCACAACUGGCAAGUACGGCUAUGGAAAUCGAUUACGCUUACACAGACCCCCGACUUGCCUGGAACCCUGAAAAUUACGGCGGAAUUGAUAUGAUCAAUGUGGAGUCGAAAAGUAUAUGGAUACCUGCGAAUGGGAUCAGCAAUGCUCAGACCCUGCAAGUUGUUUACCCGGAUCCAUUAAAUACUGCGAAUAUCUAUGCAAACGGGUCGGUGGCAGUGAGUUUUCAAAUCUACGCGGAGACGAGAUGCGUGAUGGACGUAAAAAACUUCCCAUUUGACGAACAAUCCUGUACUAUCGACAUCUUCAACAACGCUUAUACUUUGGAUAUGGUCCAGGAGACUGGAGCCCUUUUUACAAAAUAUGUUGACGGCAUCAUAUUCGACAAUGGCGAGUGGAAAUUCAAGAAUGUCUCAAUGGAGUAUUUCGACUUCAGCGGGACCGGACGGGACAAAUAUGAUUUUCUCCAAUUCGUGCUCAACAUCAAGCGGCAGCCUAACUUCUACGUAUUUGUGAUUGUCAUUCCGUGUUUCCUAUUGACACUUCUAUCGAUCUGGGGUAUGUUUUGGACGCUCAACAACAGGGAGGAGCAGCUUUCAAAGUUGAGCAUCGGGCUGACAAGUAUGAUGUCGAUGACAAUAUUUGUGCAGAUGCUAUCGGAGGAGAUACCAAGAAAUUCGUCGUUUCCGCUUCUAGGCUGGUUCGUGAUCAUCGACGUGGGCCUUGUAUCGCUAGCGUGCGUCAUCCUGGUCACUCUACCAUUCGAAAAAGCGAAAAACGUGAAGAAGGAGGUAGAUGGGCUAGAGGGGAUCAGAAAAUGGAGCCCCUUCCUGCGAAACUGGCUGAUCUCCCGUCAUUUCUUCAUCUUCUUCACCUUCCAAAUGACAAAUGUUACGAAUUUUAUCGUGUUUAUGUCGCAUUGGAAC